CGCCCUCCCUCCUGUGAGUCCUUACCUAGUGGAAUGAUACACAAACCAAGUUUUCUGAGACAGGAAGUGAGGAAUGUUUUCAGUAUGACUGAGUUGGAGGGGAGCCUGGCAUGCCCUUCCCGACCCACGGGACGCAAUGAGACCCUUGUGAAGGAAGACCGGUGAGAGAUGUCUUCCAGGGGAGAACCCGAACUGUUUGCGUUUUGUAGCUGAGGAUGCGUGACCUCAGAACCUCUUCAGCUGGAUCACUGCAACAGUACUUUGGUGGAUGAUCCCUUCACCUGGACCUUGGAGAAUCAGAUGCUUUUUAAUGGCUGCAGACGCUGCUGGGUGAGCAGCCUGAGACUUUACAGCUGUCAACUCAGGAGACCCAACAUUCUCUCUCCAUUACCUUCCACUGGAUCAGUGGUGGUACUUUUUCCUCACUGCCCCUUUACAAUAGAAGGGGAGAUAAGAUGCCACUUCCAUUUGGGUUGAAACUGAAACGUACUCGUCGAUACACAGUGUCCAGCAAGAGCUGUUUGGUUGCCCGAAUCCAGCUGCUAGACAAUGAGUUUGUGGAGUUCACACUUUCUGUGGAGAGCACUGGUCAGGAAAGCCUGGAAGCUGUAGCCCAAAGACUAGAGCUUCGUGAGAUUACUUACUUCAGUCUGUGGUAUUACAACAAACAAAAUCAGCGCCGGUGGGUAGAUUUGGACAAGCCUUUGAAAAAGCAGUUAGACAAGUAUGCAUUGGAGCCUACUGUCUAUUUUGGGGUGGUGUUUUAUGUGCCCACGGUUUCCCAACUGCAACAGGAAAUUACCAGGUAUCAGUAUUAUCUGCAACUGAAGAAAGAUAUAUUGGAAGGAAAUAUUCCUUGCACAUUAGAACAGGCAAUUCAGCUUGCGGGCUUAGCUGUACAAGCUGAUUUUGGUGACUUUGAUCAGUAUGAAUCCCAGGACUUUCUACAAAGAUUUGCCUUGUUUCCUGUGGGAUGGUUACAGGAUGAAAAAGUAUUGGAAGAAGCAACGCAAAAAGUGGCCUUGUUACAUCAAAAAUACAGAGGGCUUACCCCACCUGACGCUGAAAUGCUCUAUAUGCAAGAGGUAGAGAGGAUGGAUGGUUAUGGGGAAGAGAGCUAUCCUGCUAAGGAUAGCCAGGGAAGUGACAUCUGUAUUGGAGCUUGUCUCGAUGGCAUCUUUGUGAAACACAAAAAUGGAAGGCCUCCUGUUAUAUUUAGGUGGCAUGACAUUGCUAAUAUGUCACACAAUAAGUCCUUCUUUGCCUUAGAACUGGCAAAUAAAGAGGAGACCAUCCAAUUUCAAACUGAAGACAUGGAAACUGCAAAAUACGUAUGGAGGCUGUGUGUUGCUAGACACAAGUUUUACAGACUAAACAAAUGCAACCUGCAAACUCAGACUCUUACAGUGAAUCCUGUUAGGAGGAGGUCUUCAUCAAGGAUGUCUCUGCCUAAGCCACAGCCAUAUGUGAUGCCUCCACCACCUCAGUUACAUUACAAUGGACAUUAUACAGAACCAUAUACUUCUUCUCAAGAUAACCUCUUUGUGAACAACCAGAAUGGGUAUUAUUGCCAUUCUCAGACAAGUCUAGAUAGAGCGCUUGACUACAACGGAAGAAUCCGCAAUGGGAGCGUCUACAGCGCCCACAGCACAAACUCUUUAAAUAACCCACAGCCCUUCUUGCAACCCUCACCAAUGUCCUCCAACCCAAGCAUUACUGGAAGUGACGUUAUGAGACCUGACUACGUUCCAUCGCAUAGACAUAGUGCCCUGAUACCACCAUCCUAUCGCCCCACUCCGGAUUAUGAAACGGUGAUGAGGCAGCUUAACAGGGGAGUAAGCCAUGCUGACAGGCAGAGCCACUCACUGAGAAAUCUCAAUAUUGGCAAUUCCUAUGCUUAUAGUAGGCCUGAUGCAUUGGUCUACAGUCAGCCUGAAAUUAGAGAACGUGCUCAGUUUACUUCUCCGCAGUCAGUGCAUUAUCCAUUCAAUCUCAAUUACAGCUUUCAUAGCCAGUCUCCUUACCCCUACCCUGCUGAGAGGCGACCCGUGGUCGGAGCUGUGAGUGUGCCUGAGUUGACUAAUGUACAACUUCAGGCUCAGGAUUAUCCAGCUCCCAACAUCAUGAAAACACAGGUUUAUAGACCACCCCCACCUUACCCAUAUCCACGACCUGCUAAUAGCACCCCAGACUUAUCCCGACAUCUGUAUAUCAGCAGUAGCAAUCCAGAUCUCAUCACAAGGCGAGUCCACCAUUCAGUGCAGACGUUCCAAGAAGACAGUCUCCCAGUUGCCCAUUCUCUGCAGGAGGUCAGUGAACCCUUGACUUCAGCCCGGCAUGCUCAGUUACAGAAGAGGAACAGCAUUGAGAUAGCUGGAUUGACCCAUAGUUUUGAAGGAAUAAAGCUUAAAGAGAGAACUAUGUCUGCCUCUGCAGCUGACGUGGCAGUGCCCCGGGUCAUAGCAGCUAGCUCUCAGCCGAAUGUUUUCAUAGAAAGGACAAAACAAGAGGAAAAUGAAGAGCAGGAAAAUGUGAGAUACGGUCAUAAGAAAUCUCUUUCAGAUGCCACCAUGCUGAUUCAUAGCAGUGAAGAAGAAGAAGAAGAAGAUUUCGAGGAAGAAAGUAAAGCCUGUACCACUUUCUCUCCUCAUCCUGAUGAGACCACACAGCGUUCCUCGGGGAUAGGUGGUUAUUCUAAAGAGCCCUUUCUUGCUUACCCGUACGGUUCUGUUACUCCUGGGCCCAACGCUUUGCAUAUUCUUGAGCCAAAGUCACAUAUCCUAGAGACUGAGAAGCCAGUAAGAGCCAUCAGUCCAGUUCAUGUGAUAGUUGAAGCCCAGGUGCCUAGAAGAGAAGGGUUUUUGACUCCAUCGAUGUCAGAGUCUGACCUCACAACAUCGGGACGCUAUAGAAUGAAAAGGGAUUCUCUUAAAAAGAGGCCUGUGUUGGACAUUCUUUCAGGAAAGAAGAAUGUUGUUGAAGGUCUUCCUCCAUUAGGGGGAAUGAAAAAGAAUCGAGCAGAUGCAAAAAAAUGUGGUCCUCUUAAACUGGCUGCUUUAAAUGGAUUAUCCUUAUCUAGAAUGCCCUUGCCUGAUGAAGGAAAGGAAGUACCUACCAGAGCAACCAAUGAUGAGAGGUGUAAAAUUCUGGAACAGCGGUUAGAACAGGGAAUGGUAUUCACAGAAUAUGAACGCAUUCUAAAAAAGCGACGGAUAGAUGGGGAAUGCGCAAUAGCACGACUCCCAGACAAUGCAGAGAGAAACAGAUUCCAAGAUGUGCUGCCCUAUGAUGAUACCAGAGUGGAACUGGUCCCAACCAAAGAAAACAAUACUGGUUAUAUCAAUGCAUCACAUAUUAAGGUCUCUGUUGGUGGCAUCGAAUGGGAUUACAUUGCCACCCAAGGACCUUUGCAGAAUACAUGUCAGGAUUUUUGGCAGAUGGUGUGGGAACAAGGAAUUGCCAUCAUAGCGAUGGCGACAGCGGAAGAAGAGGGUGGACGAGAGAAGAGCUUUAGGUAUUGGCCACGUCUUGGUUCAAGGCACAACACUGUGACAUAUGGAAGAUUUAAGAUCACAACUCGAUUCCGCACUGACUCUGGUUGCUAUGCCACAACUGGCUUGAAGAUCAAGCAUCUUCUCACUGGGCAAGAAAGAACAAUUUGGCACCUUCAGUAUACUGAUUGGCCCGAGCAUGGUUGUCCAGAGGAUUUAAAGGGAUUUUUGUCAUACCUGGAGGAGAUCCAGUCAGUUCGUCGCCAUACAAACAGCACGACUGAACCUAAAGGCCCCAACCCUCCAUUGCUGGUCCAUUGCAGUGCUGGUGUAGGAAGAACCGGAGUGGUCAUUUUGUCGGAGAUCAUGAUCGCCUGUUUGGAGCACAAUGAGAUGCUGGACAUCCCACGAGUGCUAGACAUGUUGAGGCAGCAAAGAAUGAUGAUGGUGCAAACACUCUGUCAGUACACAUUUGUCUAUGGAGUUCUCAUCCAGUUCCUGAGAAACUCAAGGCUUAUCUAAACUCCACCUGUUUCUCCUGGGACCCAAUUACCUAUAAAGAGUUUACAAGGAAAAAAAAAGUGGGUUUAACAAGGCAAACCAUUUGUUCUUGGGCUUUCCCUGCCCCCAGUCUUCUUACACAAGGUAUAGGGUGCUAAUGUCAACUCAUUGGUGGUGCAUUGCAUCGAGCUUUGGAAGUCACAAGGCCGAAGAGGUGGAUUUCUGGUUGGGGGAAAUGCUAGAGAAUGAGGGACUUACUUGGAGUAACUAAGCUCAGCUCCUGUCUAUGCUGAUUUGCGGUACUUGCACACAUUCUUGAAGUUGUGUUUUCUAGAUAAAAUAAUUCUCUACCUUACUGAAACUUUGCUGGACAGUUCUGGCAAUCAUAAAGGCAAUGUAUAGAUUUCUAUCUCAAAACUACUUUUUGAUAAGAGAAUUUUAUUUUGUGACUAAAAUAUCUAGGGGUUUCUUUAGUAAGAAACCCAACUUUCCAUGGGACUUGUCCACAAUUACAACUGGUUUCUGGACACAUCAACUUUAUAUAUUUUUUUAAAGUGUUAAUAUCUCUUCUGUUCAUUAUUUUCUUUUUGUUUGUUUUUUAUUCUUGGUAACUUAGGGUUUAACUAUCAAACUACAAAAAGAUGUUUAAAGGUCUCAUUUAGGAGAUAGGAAGCUUCUUUGCAUUCAGAAAAUUAAUUUUUAAUUUUUCAAUUUUCCAAAUUACAAUUGAAAAUGAGAAGAUUCUCAAAUUAUUUUCAGGGUUUGUUAAAGGAAAAGUUGGAAUUGAAUGCAUGGUCACUUGAAAUGUUUUAAGUAACAGAGUCAACAGCAUUUGAUAUAUUUUCAGUAUUAUUCAUAACCUUAGAUGACCCAUUGAUUUUACUGGUUGAAGUUUUAGUGGAUGAUUAAGAUGGUUUUAAAGCACUUUUAAAAAAAAAUUUAAAAAUCAGUUCAUUUCAGUUUCAUUCAUGCAUUGUUUUAUGAGUUGAAACAUUAACAACAGUAAUGCAGACAAUGUUUUAAAAGAAACGUUUUAUAGUUUGAAUGUAAGAAAUAAGGAUUUUGAGUAUGUAGGAUAAGUAAGAUGUGAGGAAGUGCAACAUGGUUGUGAACAUGGAAACUUUUUAUUAUGUUGUUACAAAGAUAAGAUACAGUAUUACUAAUUUUGUUCUCCUAUACUUACACCACCCCCGAGAGUACUGGGGGUGAGGGGAAAUGUUUGAAAGAUUGACAGGAGGCAGGGUCUUCCCUAGGGGGAUUCAGGUUGUGGGAUAAAUCACAUCACGUUCCUUGCCUCCCCUUCCUGCCCAGUUUUUUAUACAGGUGAAAUCAUUGUGGCAACUUGAGGGACGAGUGAAAUGGCAUAAGGGGGAAAGGUGGCUCCGUGCCUUUUAUGUUAGUGCUAGAGGGAGGAUUAUGGGCUGGUUGUAUAUAUAUGAAUCUCCACAUUUUUUUUAAUACUCAUUGCUAUAUCCUUCUCCCAGUUUCCAUUCUAAAGUUGUCUCCCUACGGCACCAGCAUCCUAUCAGUUCUCUUUAAGGCCAUUAGUGUGUGGCUUUGAACUCCAAGGUAAAUCAAGAGAUGCAGCUUAAUUUAUCACUAAUCAAUAAUUGUGUGUCGUCGUCAACCAUGGUAGAGGAUUUACUUGGGGCAGUAUCUUGGCGAUAUAUUUGCUGGUCUAAAUUUGACUUACAAGAGACCACUGGAGUAGUGAAUGCAAAAUUUGGAAGCUAUGAAUCAAAAGAAUUUGAACAUAGUGAUUGAUUUCAACAUGUUUUUUAAAAAAUUCUUUCUAAAGCACAAUAGACCCGAUGCUUAUGUUCAGUGAUAGCUGGCGGCUUGAAAGAAUGGAAUUAUAAUAAUGUUAAUAAUGGCUAUAAUGGUUACAAGAUACUUCACAUAUUAUCUCUCAUGGCAGUUUUUCCUUUCUUCACAUAUGUUUGAAUUGUUGUGUUGAGUGAGUUUUUUGUACAUCUUUUCAGUGGUGCUAUCUACCCUACUACCCUUCUCUCUCCAAUUGGAAUCAUGUUUAAAACCUUCUUUAAAAGGAGGGUCCUAUUGAUAAGAAGAUAUUACACUAUGAAAACUGAAUUAAAGGCUAAUGUAUGAGAUGUCCCUAUUUUAAUAAAUUGAUUACAAAUGGAUAAAUUAAGAAACUAAAAUGGCAUAUUUUAGCUUUAAUGAUUUACUUAAAAUGUUGCAUUAUUUUUAGUAGAUCUUAGAAUGCAUGUAAUGUUUUUUGUGUCUUUUGAGUAUUUGAACAUUUUGUCGUAGUUGUAAAGAGAGAUUAGUGGAAAAUAACUAUACUAUGUAUUCUCUAAAUUUGUUUUUCAAACAGUAAUGUGAUUUCAUAGAGGAUAUAGCAAAACAACAGAAGCUUGUAACCUUGCCAUGGUGGUUAAUUAGCAAUUGAUUAUAUUACAGCCUAUCAAAAUUACAUGUUUAAAAUUUUUGGUUAUUUUUAGGUUCUAAGUAAAAGAUUUAUAGCAAGCUUAUAUCAAAAUAUAUACUUUCACAAAAAUAGGCUAAGGUGCAGUAUUUAUCAAUGACCAAUCAUUGUCACUGCUGACAUUACCCCUCUUUUUUUUUUCCUGAUUAGGGGUUCUUUUGAAGAAGUAUUCUAGAGCAUAGUUUUAAACAGAGAAAUGAACGUCUUAUUUUAGAAUAUCAUACAGAUAUUUAUGGAAAAAUCGAUGAUAUUCUUUUGGAACAUCUACUGUGAAGCAUGAAAGUGAGCCCUAGAAUUUAGUUCUAAGUUCUUAGAACGUUUUGAUAGGAAUAAAUAAGGAAACCUGCUAGUACAAACUUCCAGAAAACAAAGAGCACAUUGAGCAGUUCCCUUCCCCUCCCUGCUAAACUAUAGGGCAAUGGGACUUCAGAUUUUUAACUGCAUAUUUCUUUUUAUUUGAGUUUAAACCUGUCCAAGUUUCCUUUCAACCUUUUAUAACUAUUACUCAUAGGUUGAAGUGGGUUUAGUAUUGAUACCUUUAAGAAAAUUUAUAUGAAGAUAGUUUUAAUUAAUUUAUUAAAAGCAGGCUUCAUUUGGGACAAUUUGCAACAAAGAAUGGAACUUGGUUAUUUUCUUUUGCACAAACCUUUUUUUAAAAGGUUAAUUUAAAGAAAGAUGUUUAUUGGAAAUAUGAAUUAGUUUAAGUUUAAUGUAAAUUAAAGAUUAAAGGUAAUUUUUGAUGUAAAGACUUUACAAAGAUCAGGUUACAAGGAGUAAUUUGGAGGGGAAAAAGUUAGAUAAGAAAUACGAUAGUUUUGAUUGCAAUGGGUAUUCAUUAAGGUUAUAUAGUUCUCAUUAACUAUUAUCAGACUAUUAGGAGGGUUGGACAUUUCUAGAUUAAAAAAAUAGUGAUUUCAGAAAUUCAGUUGAAGGGAUUUCCAGGUUGCUGAUAAGAUUAAAUUAAAGUGCUGGAAAACUUUAGAAGUAUAGUGUAUUACAUAUAUAAGCAAAUGUUUAACAUGAUGGUUUACUCCCCAAGACACUUAAAAUAAUAUUCAAUUCUUAAAAGUCCAGAGAAACUUCUCAAAAGUAUCCCAUAACUUUGGUAGGCUGUUAGGUGUUCUACUACUUAAUAAGAAGGAAAUGGUGACCUUCGUUGCUUUUUUUUUUUUUUAAACAACUUAUUUUGGUUAAUGAGCUCUAAACUCAGAUUAAUGGCAAGUUAGGAAUGUUUGCAUUUUAAUCCCUUAAGUUUAGUCUCUGCUACUAACAAAAUGUUCCAAAGUUCUAAAGAAGCAUUCACUAGAUAAAUAGAUAGAUAUUGAAGACUCCAGUACCUUUUAAUGAAUUAUUUGUUUUGUCAUAUAAAAGACUACUAUGAAAAUAUAUAAGCUCUCGGCUUUGUAUUUAUUCUUGGCUGCAUCUGUCCAUGAUUAUUCUAUACUAGAUUAUAGUACCAUCCUUGUGUAGAAUUCAUUUAUAAGUUUAUGCCAAAUUCAUGCCCAUGGCAGAUUGAGUAAGUUUUCGGUCUAUAUAAAAGAAGCUCCAGCUUAGAUGAAUUGCUGCAUGUGUGUAUGGAUACUUCUGAAAUUGCCUGUGUGUAUGCAAGUGAAAUUUCCACUGCAAAACCUUGGUAUGUGAUUGUCAAGAUAGUAUGUCCACUUAAGAGCUGGUCUGCAAUUAGCCAAACCAAAAUUGAAGGAUUCUAUAAUUACCGGGGUAGUUCACAAAAGUGAUCUGGUUUUGCCUUAUGUGAAUUGACUGCUGAGAAUGGGACAGAUUUCAUGAUUAAAUGUACAAAUUUCUACUCUGCUGGGCUCAUAUAAGGGUGACCUUCUUAGGUUUCAUAAGAGAAGAUACACAUAGGAAAAGUCAAAACGUAUUACUACACAUACUAGGGUACUAUCCAACAUUUUUCGUUAUACUGGAAAUUUUUUUGUUUCAGAUUUCACUUGCAAAAAUAAAAGAAUUCAUUUGGCUGGGAAUUUGGAAUUUUUUUCAUUAUGGAUAUAAUUUUACAGUAAUGGUAUUUGUGGUAAUAGGAUUUGUCCUGGUAAUGAUAGAAUAGGACAUUGUAAAUCUACAAAAUCUCAUGCGUUUAUUUUUGUUUCUUUGACUAUAUUUCUUAAGUCAGCAUUGUAUUUCUAGAAGUAUGUUGGAUGACUUCCAUAAAGCAGAUUAUGCUGGGCCAAAAUUACUAGGGAAGCUCAGUUUCUACUUUGUGGUCUUCAGCACCCAUUAAGAUAUAAGUUACCUCACAGACCAUCAGGAAAAUGAUCAGUUACCUUCUUUGGUAGCCCAUUUCCAUAUAAUUUUUUUUUGAAUAUCAGAAAGAACCAUUUUGAGAAGUUGAAUAGCCAUUGGCAUAAUGAUUUUUGUUUCUUGGUUUAUCCAUACUUGGGGCCAGAUUAAAAAGGGGUCAUUAUUUUUAAAGGGGCAUUAGGUUAGGAAGCUGGAGACUUGAGUUCUAAUCCUGGCUCUGCCACUCACCAACUAGUUGACCAUGGGCAAGCCAUUUCAUUCCACAAACAUUUGUUUAUCUGACUUGAUCUUAACUAUCAGUUUCCUCACUUUCACCAUGAGGGAGUUGAACUAGAUUCUCCAUGAAUUCCUUUCCAGCUUGAAUUCUAGCCUGAAUCCAUGAAACCAAAAGUAUGGAUUGAAGGCCAUCGGAUUAACCAUUGUGGAUAUGCAGCUGAUCUGACAUAGAUGGGAACUUGUGCCUUUCAUUCAGAACCAGCAGUUGAUAUUUAGAGCUAUUAAAUUCUAAUUUGGGUCAUAUUCGCCUCUGACAGAGCGGAUGUCCUUGAACAGGUCUGAUUUCAUCUUCUGGGGACUGAGCUGUAGUAUGUAACUAGUUUUUGGGGUGGUGCAUUAGCCUUUAGCAUUUCUGGACCUUUUAUCCUGUAUAAGCCAUGAAAGGCAUACUAUUCCAGGUAAAAAUAUAAUGCUGAAUUAUUAAAUGAAUAAAAACAAGAUUUAGAUACUGACUUGGAACAUACAUUUGCAUUAGGAUGCUAUUACUGAAUAGUUAUGGACACUCAUUUAAAUUUUUUGCACCAUCAAAUAAUGGAGUUGGCAUAUCUCCUCAAACUAAACAUGAGAAUUUGAGAGAACUUAACUAAAGGAGAAGAUUGUGGAACUUGGAGCAUUUUUUAAAUGCUAACACAGCCAGUGGAUUUUAAUUACAUAGUCCAUUUUUCAUGUUACCGAACAGGUAGUUACAGAUCUUGUUAAUGGUCAUCUUGAAUAUUUUUGGAAACAAACUUUAUUUGGUUAAUAGCAUCCAACUGAAAAGUUCAGUAGCUCAGUUUUUGUCUUUGCAGGUAUAAGCUGUUCAGGUUUAUUAGUAUGCUUCAGAAUCUCUAAGCAGCACAUCCAAGGAAGAAUAAAUUUUCUUUGCUAUAUUGGAUAAGCAAUUUUUGCGGGGGGGAAGAGCAAUUUUUAAACAGAUGAGUGUGUGCUCAAACUUUGGCAGCAGCCAGGCAAUUGGUUGAAUUUGCCUGUGUUCAUUCCCUUUGAUUCAAUGAAGCGGUUAAGAAACUUAGUUUUCAAAUGCUAUUCUAUAAUGAAAAAUGACACAAACUAGUCUUCAUAUGGGGAGAAAACAAUUUGGUGUGCAAAGAUGUGAAUAAAUUCAAGUGAAAGAAAACAGAUGCCUAUAGCAGGUCAGAAAGUUAUUUUGUAUAUAUUCUGUUACAUAAUUUUUACAAAAGGAAACCAUUCAAAUCCUACCAAAUAGUAUACUUCGUGAAGCAGGGUUUUAACAAUUUUCACAGAGGGGAAAAAAGUUUUCACUGUUAAAUAUUAGAUAAUUUUCUGUCACUAUUAAUACAAUUUGUUAAAUCUAAUGGAAACUUGAAAUUGGGAGAAAGUUGGUAGGAUGUACAGAGGCCUUUAGAAAUGCUUCCAGAUCAUUUAGGCCAGUGUACCAGUUUGCUUUUUCAAUGAUAGCACAAAUGAGUUGUCAAGUAUUAUUUUCCACUUUCAAAAAUAGUUCUGUAUGUUUCAUUGUCUGGUCAUUGAUACUGUAAAAAAUGUAUAAUCAGAACAGCUUUAAUUCUUGUAAAACUGAAAUUGGUUUGUAAAGCAAUGUGUAAAUUGCAUUUGAUGGGCAGAAAAGCUUGAAUGACUAAGUGUAAUAUAUGUGAAAUGAAUAUAUUAUAGUCUAUUUUUGCCAUGAAAAUAAAUAUUUGAAACAACA